GCGAAGAACAUACACCCACCCCGUCGAAAUGGUGGUGGUGGUAUAAAUAUGAGACAAUUACGCGAGAGCAUGAAAAUUUGCCCGACGAAAUGAAGGAAUUUGAUAGAUGGAAUUCCUUCAUUAAUAUUCUCGUGGUUGUUGUGUGGGUUUGUAGUAUUGUCCUUCCGAACAUUAAACUUAAAAUCCAAGAUAUCCAAGGUAUCGACGACGAAGAACCACCACG